AGCUAGGACCAACGUCCAAUCAGGAACGAGCAAGUGGAGGAGGUUGUAAUAUUGUAAUAUUGUCACCUGACUCCGGUCGUCCAGCGCAGCGCCUGUAGAACCCCAGGCGAAGCUGGCCCUGAGGAAUGGCGGUGCACAGGCGGCCACUGCUGUCUUGAAAGGGCCGCUGGAAGCAGAGCUGGGCAAGUAAAUGGGGUUUUCUCGUGAGGACUAAGUGGCUUUACGAGACGAGGUCUGAAGAACAGAACAUGCUUCCCUCUGAGACUUUCAUUAACAUUUGUGAUACAGCAUGUCUUUAAGCGAAAGGAAUACUGUGGUUUUUGCAUAUGAAUCUUCAGUACACAGUAUCAAUGUUCUGCUCAGUCUUGAUGAGCAGAGAAAGCAAGAUCUUUUUUGUGAUAUAACCCUCUUAGUGGAAGACCAGCGAUUUCGGGCUCAUCGUUCUGUGCUUGCAGCUUGUAGCAGCUAUUUCCGUUCAAGAAUUGUGGGUCAGUUAGAAGUUGAUCUUAUCAUUAUUUUACCUGAAGAGGUUACGCUAAAAGGCUUUGAUCCUUUGCUUCAAUUUGCAUAUACUUCUAAACUUAUUUUAGAUAAAGAUAAUGUAGCUGAAGUCUGCAAAUGUGCAGAAUUCUUGGGAAUACAUGACAUUGAGGAAUCAUGCUUUCAAUUUCUAAAAUUCAAAUUUCUGGACCAUAAACUAGGCCGACAUGAAUACCAGAGAAAAAAGUGUUGUAAAUCGCACUGUCAGAAAGAGGAGCAUAAAAUAGAUGUUGCUGCUGAGCGCCAUCUAGAAAUAGAUGAUGUGAAUGAAAUUUUGCAAAAUGAAUGCAUUCAUCCUCAGUUGAAGAACUUCGCAAGUGAAAAAAAAUCAGACAUAACUCUUCUUCAAGAUAGCACCAAUCAAACAUUUGAGUCUGAAUCAGAAAGGGACAAGGGACUUGAUUUUGCAUCCCUUUGCCCCAAAUACAGGAAGUUCCAAAAAGCUGUGGGAGGUGAUAAAACCCCUACUUCAGAGUCCACCUCCAAUAUUAAAGAAGUUCAGGUAACAUCUGCUGCAUCUGUUCAUCAGAUUGAAUCAUAUACUAGUGGUGCUACACAAAAAUCUUUUGAAUAUGCAGCUGUGCCUCCAGACACAAAAUGUGAAGAUGCUCAGGUAGAAAUGGAAGAUGAUGGUAAAGAAGAGUUCUUGAAACAGACAGCUUCUGCGUUCCAGAGUACUGAAUGUUCUGCUGAAAAGUCAGUUGCUUUUUCUUCCCAUAAUCCUUCUGUUGCUAUUCAUGGGCUUUAUUCCACUGCUUUCUUGAGCACAUGCGAUCAGUAUUGUGACUUGACAUUGAGUGGUAUGCAGAGCAAUACAGAGGUCACACAAAAGGUCACUGAAAAAAGCAGCAUUGUUAUCGGACCAGGAAACUGCAAAUCAAUCAGUGGAAGUCCUGAUGAGAGCCUGCCUUUAAAGUCUCACUUGUGUGAAAAAGAAAAUGUGAAUGAUACUUCACCUAGCAACCGCAGCAGUGUGGAAAGAGAGGUAGCAGAACAUUUAGCAAAGGGGUUUUGGAGUGACAUUUACAAUACAGAUACAACAUGUCAGAUCAGCUUGUCUCCUGCAGCAGAUCCGGUCUAUUCAGAAAAAAAGGCAGAGUGUCCUUGGUUAGGUAUUAGGAUCAGUGACAGUCCUGAGCACUGUUCUCAAAGAACUUUCACAACUUUGAGCUCUGUUAACUGCCCUUUCAUAAAUAACCUCAGCACUGGAAAUAGCACGGAAAUUAGUAGUGCUGAUUGUGUACAGGAACAGCAGCAAGAGCAGUGUCCUUAUUCUUGUGUGAUAAGUUUGGAAGAAGAUUCUGAAACUGAUACAGAAGGUGAUAGUGAAUCCUGUUCUGCAAGAGAACAGGAAUGUGAGGUAAAGCUGCCAUUUGAUGCACAGAAAAUCAUUUCACUUUCUAGAAAUGACUUUCAGUCAUGUCUGAAAAUGCACAAAUUGACACCUGAACAGCUGGAUUGUAUCCACGAUAUUAGAAGGCGAAGUAAAAAUAGAAUUGCAGCACAGCGCUGUCGCAAGCGGAAACUAGACUGCAUACAAAACCUUGAAUCGGAAAUAGAGAAAUUGCAAAGUGAAAAAGAAAGCUUGCUAAAGGAGAAAGACCACAUUUUGUCAACCCUCAGUGAGACAAAGCAGAACCUGACAGGCCUUUGUCAACAAAUGUGCAAAGAAGCUGCACUAAGUCAUGAGCAAAUACAGAUACUUGCAAAAUAUUCUGCCUCUGAUUGCCCACUUUCAUUUUUGAUCCCAGAGAAGGAACAGCCUGCACCUUCUGAUGUGAUGUCGGCAGUACCAUUAUGUAUAGAAUUAUCUAAAGAUCUUUGUGUUGAAUCUCCUGAUGGGCCAAGUUCUAGCUUUCAGCAUGUAAAAAGCUCAUGUGAUACAGGAUAUACACAAACACAGAAAUUGUCUCCGGUUCCCGUACGGAUAUCAGAGAAAACAUUAUGUUUGGAGCAGUGUGUACAGAGUAGUGGUGGUAUCACAGAUUUUUGUCAACAAAUGACUGACAAGUGCACUACAGAGUAAUCCUGUCAAACUUUAGCCUUGCAGGAUUUGAUACAUAAGUCAUUAAGUAGGAAGGAUGAACUUUCUUUGUGGUGCAGAAUAUUAACUGGUACUUAACCAUUCAGAAUCAAACCUAAAUAUAUUUUGGGGUUUAUCUCUUCCGACAAGGAAAAGAGAUGCUGUCUUACGAGAAACAAAACAGGUUUCCUGCAAUUUGGGUACUUCAGUGCCAUGAGAAGCAAAAUAACUGGAACAAGUGUUUCAUAUAGUAAAUCUUAAUAUUCCAACUGCAAAUAAACCUCAGAAUUUGUAUCUUACAGAAUGGUAUGCCACUGUUCCAGAGACCUACCUAGUUUUCAAUACCUUGUCACCCUCCCCAAAUGCUCUCCAAAUACUUCAGGUUAUACUUGUUUAAACAUACCACAGUAGUCUGUGCUUCCUGCUUAAACUUUAAUAGGUUGUGAUUAUAUUGGAAAAUAAAAUUAUCAAGUAUUCUGGAAGAAUUUCAGUUUUCAUUAUUACUAGUGGGACCAGUUCAGAUGCAUUUGAAAUGGAUGCUUUCAUGGGUGAAGCUAAUUUUAGCCAUUCAUAUUCAGUUUUCUGUGGCUUAUCAAUUAUCAGUUAUCAGAAAUGAUAUUAUUCAGUAAUUUUAACUAUUGAAGUAAAAACCCAAUUCUUUACUGUAGGCUGUUCUGCACUGUAAUAGCGUAAUUGCUGUAGGUAAUAGAAACUACCUACUGAACCUCAAACAUUGUUGCUGGUUUACAAAAUGUAAAAGCCAAUGGAAUUCUUCAUUUCCUACCUCAGAACAGACAUUUUUUAUAUCUAUGUUUGGAGUAUGAUCAUCUUUGUGUAAUGCCUAUUUGCUUUGCAGGUUUUUAUAAUACUUACGUCUACUCUCUCUUCUGAUGUGUUAAAGCAUUGUUUAGAUUUGUGAUGAUUUAGCCUCUUUAGAAGAGCUAGCUUGCCUUGAUACUGAAAUAUAAAUACUUCGUAAAUGUUUGGCCAAAUACAUCAUCUGAACAGUACUUCUAAAACCAGCUUGUAUUACAAAAACCUACACUACCUCAAAAACUGAUUUCAAGGUCAUUCUGGGCUGCAAAAAUUCAACACAUGCUUGUCACAAAUUAGCAUUAUGAUUUAUAUAGUUUACAGACUUUGACUUCAUUAUGGAAGUUCCUAUAUAAGGUUUGCUUGGUUUCUUUUUGUGUGUGUUUAUUUCUAUAAUGGUAAUUUGGGAAAAGAUUUCAAUCAUCAUUUAAGUAAGCAAUUUUUGGGGGUAUAGUGUGCCUUUUAUAAGGUACUUGCUGUUAGAACAUGCAUACAAUUUGUUUUAGGAGAAUUUGCUAACUUUCUGAUCAGUCCUGUACUUUUAUGAUGAAUCAGUUAGCAGUGCCAAAUCUGUUAAGGUGCAUAAUGUAAAAUCUGUAUAAAAGAUGGAAAUUAAUUUCUGUUUUUAAAGGAAGUUAAUAUUGAUACAGGUCCUGUAUCUGUAUGGGACUCUAGUUCUCUAAUUUUCUGUGGUCUGGCUAGUGGUUGAGGUUAAAGGGUGAUUGUGGGUUAGGUGUCUUUAAAUUCAAGAGUGAGGGGAAUUACAUUUUUCUAAGAGAGAAUUGGGACAGCCUGCAUUAUUGUUGUUAAUUAAUUCAGUAUCUGUGAACAUUGGUUCAAUUUAGACUUUUUAAAAAAGUGAGUAAUUAAAUAUCCUUACUUUCUAAUACCUAAUUAUAAAAAAAGAAAAACCUGAGUUGGUUUAAAGCCUAACAAACUGCUUCUGGAAUAGCUUGCCCAGUAGCGUUUCAGGUUGCAUGCAAACAUUGAAAGACAAGAUCAUCAACUUGCAGAUAUUCAGAAUGAACAUUGAUAAUAACUUCUGACGCACACAAUCUCAGGUAAACAUAUUUUUAAAUUUCAGCUAAGAGCAUUGUUUUGAACUUGUAAAAUGUAUCAAGGCAUGUUCACAAUUGUGUGAUAUAUGUUGGGCAGAAUGUUAGGCAUUCUGGAAAAAAAGCCCUGCAUUAAUUACAAUUGAUUUUGUAUCUUUCCUAAUCCAGUGUUUUCUAAUGCAAUAAACCCACUAUACUUUCUAGGGUCUUCACUUUUUGUAAAAUUUUGACAUUGUAGAAUUGAUGCUUACUGAUUAAUUUAGUACUGCUAAAGCUGAACUCUGGAAAUAACAUUAUUUAUAAGUUUAUAUAAUAUAUUAAAGCAGCACAUAUUAUUGAAUUGAAUAAAAUUAUUAAAAGCUCUGUUUCAAA